GCAGAUGAAGAAAAGGUCGCUCAGGAGAUGGCAAAAUUGCAAGUCAACAACCGUCGGCAGUACAUGACGGUCCCACCUGAGGUCAGCAGCAGGCGAGUCACGGAGAAACAACUCAACACGCUGGCUGGGAAGUUUGGUUCUGAGUGGGAGAACCUGGCCAUACACCUGGACCUGACGAAGGCAGACGUGGACAGGUACAAGGCAGACAACCCCUACAACGCCAGGUCACAGAUAUUCUCCAUGCUGAUGGGCUGGAGGGCCAGGAAAGGCUCGGGAGCGACCGUGGGAGCGCUGGUCCGCAAUCUGGAGGACUUUGGCGUAGCACUGGACACGUUUGAGUUCUUAAUUCAGAAAAGCUAGAUCAGGCCAGUGUUGUGAUUUCUGAUCCACAAGAAGGCCUAGAUCUAGAUCUAGUUCUUAACGCAUGAAAGCUAGAUCCCUCAAUCUUCUGAAUAUCGCAUUCACCAAAAGAUCUAGUUUUUAACUCAGAAAAGCCAGGUUAGUGUUGUGGAUCUUGAUCCACAAGGAGAUCUAGAUUAAGAAAGAGAGAAAGAAAGAAAGAGAGAGAGAUGAUGUGCCUUUCUAAUUUCCUGAACAAAUGAUGUCGCCAUGAAUUGUUACACCUUAGAGUUUUCUUUUUCUUUGAACGAACAACAACAGCAAUACGUUUCCUUAGAUAUGUACAUUUUAGUCAUAGUUUCUUAUUGAUUCAUGUUGGAAAAUAACCAGCAUGUCAAAGGCGCUAGAUAAAUAAACGUUGAUGAAGAAUAUUGUAAAGAAAUAUCAUAUGUAUUUUGCAAUUGGAAAGCAAAAUGAAGAGUACAUGUAACGUUACUUAUAAUCAUGAAAUUGAAAUCACGAUAUUGCAAGUUUCUACAAUAUGUAAGAUCUGUGUGUAAGCCAAAGCCCAAAAAAUGUCUCAGAAUCAUGAGAUUGCAUACAACUAGCAGUAAGAACCAAAACAUCAUUUACCAUGAUUUGUGGCAUUGCAGUGUAUACAUAUAUAAACGAUAUGAAUGAACAGUCGAACACGGAUGCAAAUUAUGCCUAAUUGUGAGUUAGGUUUCAAUCACUGCUUGUUGGAGUUUCUUAGUUCAACGCUGAGAGCUAAGGGUUACUUGCCUUGUUCAUAGAUUAAAGAUAAAAAGGGCC